GAUUCCGAUGGUGAAGAGAUUUACCUAGAAGGACGUCGAGUGGUGCUGCAAGCUCCAUCUGAUAUCAAAGAGUUUGAAGAACAUUUGCGGUCGAAUAGUGAAGCAAAGAUCAUCUCAUCUGGGCUUAUUACCAGACUGAUUGCAUCGCAGUCUUCGUUUGACAAAAAAGUCGUAUGGGUCAGCACUCAUCGCUUGAAGACCCUUUGCAAUUUACUGGUAUCAGAAAAGGAGAUGUCCGUUGGAGCCAACUUAACGAUAUCCGAGAAGCUCUUCGACAAAUAUUCAUCUCUGCAAGUGGCUAAUGUGGCUAGUUGGGCAGGCGGAUUCUUCAGCGGUUCUUCGGAUCUAUCCGCCCUGUUUUUGGCUGUCAAUCCUAACUUGACCAUCCGUGACACGGCCGGAGUUUAUGGGUGGCGGCAUGUUUCCGAGUUAGUGGACGAGAGCGGAAGAGCAAAUUUGGGAAAAUCUCAAUUCGCCAUAUCAAUGUCCUUCCCUCGAUCGAAGGGCCAAGAACAUGUAGGAGUAUUCGCAGCCAUAGCUUGGGCAGAGCUAUUUUUCAGCUUUUAUAAGAAAUGGUUUUUUGAGAAAAUAGCCUGA